UUUGCAGCAGAGUUCUGCACGUUUUCCUUUACAAAGCUUUUAAAUAAGAGCUCACGAUGGAAAUAUAUAUCAUUUCAAUCAUCUUAGCGAGUAUCCUCAUUAUACCAUUUGCACUUAAAACUUUUUCCCCUUAUGUUUGGAUGGACAUUCUGUAUUUCGGGGAUUUACUGCGGAUUUUAGUGAAGCUUGUUGCGAGGCGCAGAAGGAGACCUUUCUUCUUUGUUUUGGACCGUUUCUUGGAGCAGACAGCUGCGCAUCCAGACAAGCCAUGCAUUGUGUUUGAAAACGAAAGGUACACGUACACUUGCACAGAUAAAAGGAGUAACAAAAUUGCUAACGCGCUACAGUCUCACCCUGGGUAUAAAGCUGGGGACAGCGUCGCACUUUUCAUGGGGAACGAACCCGCUUUCAUGUUUACCUGGCUGGCUUUGGCUAAACUUGGCUCUCCUGUGGCUCUCCUCAAUCACAACAUCCGCACCAAGUCUUUGCUGCACUGCUUUAAUUGCUGCAAGGCUAAAGUGUUGAUAGCAGCCUCAGAGCUAAAAGAGGCUGUGGAGGAUGUGCUGCCCUCCUUGAUAGAGCAGGGUGUCACUGUCCUCCUGAUGUCCAAACACUGUGAUACACCUGGAAUCCAGAGCUUCUCUCAUGAAGUAGAGGAGGCAUCAGAUGCCCCUGUCCCUCGAUCCUUCAGGUCACAUGUCACAUUAAAAAGUCCCGCAGUUUAUAUUUACACCUCUGGAACCACAGGUCUCCCUAAGGCUGCUGUGGUCAACCAGAACCGCCUCUUAAUAGCUCUGGCUGUGUUAUCGUCCAACGGUGUAUCAUCUAGUGAUAUCUUCUAUCUCAACCUGCCCCUGUAUCACACCGCUGGUUUUGUUGUUGGCUUUAUUGGAACUAUUGAGACAGGGUCAACUAUAAUUCUGAAGAGGAAGUUUUCUGCCUCGCAGUUUUGGGAUGACUGCAGGAAAUAUAAUGUGACUGUUGUCCAGUACAUUGGAGAGGUGAUGCGUUAUCUUUGUUGUACACCAAAGAAAGACAACGACAAGGACCACAAAGUAAGACUGGCCAUUGGCAACGGCAUCAGAGCAGAGAUAUGGAAAGAGUUUCUUAACCGCUUUGGCAACAUUCAGAUUCGAGAGUUUUACGCCUCCACCGAGGGAAAUGUGGGAUUUUUGAACUAUGCUGGGAAAAUUGGAGCUAUUGGACGAGUCAACUUUUUGCAUCGGAAGCUGUUCCCAUACACUCUCGUUAAGUAUGACACAGAGCGAGAUGAACCAGUACGAGACGCUGACGGCCUCUGCAUUGAGACACCCAAAGGUGAACCAGGACUGCUGGUGUCAAAGAUCACAAACUUAGCCCCGUUUGUCGGCUACGCUCAAAACGAAGAACAAACGGAGCGGAAGAAACUUCGCGAUGUUCUCAGGAAGGGCGAUAUCUAUUUCAACACGGGAGACCUGAUGAGGAUUGACAAAGAUAACUUUAUUUAUUUCCAGGAUCGAGUGGGUGACACGUUCAGGUGGAAAGGUGAGAAUGUAGCCACGACCGAGGUGUCUGACAUCUUGACAGUCUGUGAUUGUCUCAAAGAAGCCAACGUUUAUGGAGUCCAAGUGGCAGGCCACGAAGGACGGAUAGGCAUGGCAGCUGUCACCAUGAAGAAAGAAGUCCAGUUUGAUGGACGUAAAACAUACAACCACGUCGUUAGCUGCCUGCCCUCGUAUGCGCGUCCUCGCUUUAUAAGGAUACAGAAUGCUGUGGAAGUAACUGGGACUUUCAAGCAGAUGAAGGUGAAACUAGUGGAGGAGGGUUUUGACCCAGUACGUAUUCAGGACCCUCUUUACAUCCUUGAUGAGAAUGAGAAGAGCUACGUACCACUGACAGCACAGAUCUACAACGCCAUCUUAUCAGGAAACAUGAAACUAUGAGUGGGCUUUAAUUUUUCACUAGAUGUACGAGCUUUUGGGUUACUGGUACUUUUAAUUAAUGAACUUCCAGCUCAGGGAAGGAACAGAAACUUUCUAAUUAUGCUCGUGUAAUUUGUUACAUCAUAGUUUUUUAAUGGCAGCGCCUGUGAACCGGUGUAGGAUUCAGAUGUAGGGAGUUAACCGAGGGGUGGGGUUUAGUCAUACUAUAAAUGGCAAAAGAUAAUUCAAAUGGUGUAUUUAAUAGCAUGCUGACUUCUGCUUAUGAAUGUACUUUUUUCAGUGUAAUAUUGGUGGUGUUGUGGUAUGGUGGGAUGAUUGAGGUGAAGAAACAAUAUGGAUGGAUGG